AUGAGAAAUUUGAUCAAUAUAGAAAGUAUAAAAAAUGUUGUUCUAAGAAUUACCGAUUUAUUAGAGAAGAGUAUUGAAAUCCGUCUGAAGACACAACCAAAUAAAUGCAAAAAUUGCAUUAAAUUUGAUACAUCGAAAUGUAGCCAUUGCACAGUUGGUAUUUUAUUUUCUGGUGGACUGGAUUGCACUGUACUGGCUUUAUUAGCAGAUAAAUAUGUUGACAAAGAUCAACCAAUUGAUCUUAUAAAUGUUGCAUUUGGUAAGAAUGAAAAUUCUUAUAAUGUACCUGACAGAAUUACAGGUAGACAGUCUUAUGAGGAAUUAAAAAGUAUAUGUCAAUCAAGGCAAUGGGUGUUUAAAGAAAUCAAUGUCCCAAAAGAUGUGUUGGAGGAUAAACAGAAGUCAAUAAUUGCUGAUUUAGUAUUUCCGAGAAAUACAAUUCUAGAUGAAAGCUUGGGAUCAGCUCUAUGGUUUGCCGCAAGUGGAUAUGGAUGCACAUCAUCUUGUAGGGUUCUUCUACUUGGAUCUGGUGCAGAUGAACUAUUUGGAGGAUAUCUACGACAUAGAAAAGCAUUCCAACGACAAGGGUGGCUUGGCUUGGACAAAGAGCUUCAACUGGACUGGAAUAGAAUUUCGUUCAGAAAUCUGUCACGUGAUAAUAGAGUUAUAUGUGAUCACGGCAGACAGCCAAGAAUGCCAUAUUUAGAUGAAGAUUUUGUUAAUUACGUCUUAAGUUUGAAACCAUGGUUGAAAUGUUUCCCUGACGAAGCUUUAGUUUGUGGAGUGGGAGAUAAGCUAAUGUUAAGGCUUGUUGCUCUCAGUCAAGGUUUAGCAAAUGUUGUUACAUAUCCCAAAAGAGCUUUACAAUUCGGAUCAAGAAUAGCCAAUAAGAAGGAAAAGGGUGGAGAUUUGUCUAAAAACUUUAUUGAUUGUAAGUAA